GAGAAAACAUGGCGGGCUGUUCAAACUCUGCGGAAUAUUUUAAACUAAAAUUUAUUUGAGUGACUGAACGUAGUUUUAUCCGCAGUUUACGUUUGGUUCGGUGAUGAACGGGGGCCGAAGGAGGUUCCAGCCUCCGGCAGGCGAGGAGUCUCCGGCGGCCAGACCUCUGAGAAGAAGCCGCCUUAGCCGGAGCUUCAGGCAGAGCCAGGUGGAUCCUGCCCGGAGCCCAGGAGAACCAGGUCCGGCCCAGACCUACAAACGGAACCAGACUGCUCCGUUGGAGGUCCCAGAGUCUACCGGGAACCAGAAAGAACCAGAGUUUAAGACCCCCACCAGAAUCUCCAGAUCCAAAACGGCCCCUGUUCCCAGCGCAGAGUCUCCCCACAAUGACUCGGACUUCCAGCAGGACAUCAUCUGGGACGCCACUUCUCCAUCGCCCCACAAACCCGGUAAAAGAGGAAAAAAGGCCGCUGCUGGAGCAGUUACCAUCUCUGAGAUUGUCAGGAGGAUCGCUCCGAAGCACGGCAGGCCGCAGGUCACAGAGCCCACCUUACAGAGUGCCAUUCCCUGCACUCCAGAUGUUCAGGGUCCGAAACCCAAAAAGAAAUCCCCGAGAACCAACGGGGUGGAGGACCUGCUGCGACUCGCCAGGCAGUUUGAUCUAAAUAUGUUCCACCAGGAUGAAGAGGAGGAGGAUGAAGAUGAGAGCAGUAGGCAAGAUGAAAGUUGUUUCCCUGGGAACCUUCAGCCGGCCACGAACAUGGCGGCUGGAUCAGAACCCCAGCCUCCACCGGAUCGGCUGCUGGUAGACGACUUGGACUUCCUGUUUGACGGUCCGACCCAGAGGCUGAGCGGAGACCUGAGUCAGGCUCCGUCUCAGACCCGAUCUGCUUCGGCUUCCGUGGAGGUCAACAGGAAACCAUCCGUGUCUGGUUCUGGUUCUGCUACUGGCAAAAACAAACAGGACUCUGUCCCGAUCGAGUUUGAGGACGACUGGGAUAACGACGACUUGCUAAAUGACUCACUGGUUCUGGAGAUGACCCAGAAUCCUUUGAGCUUCAUGGUUCCGGAGCUCUGUUCUACCCAGAAACCGGCAGGUUCUGCCAGAGCUCCAGAAAGAGCCGCCCCGGGUCAGAGUUCAUUGGGCCGGGUCACUCCCAGGCUGGUCUCCCUUGAUAAGAGCUCAGCGGGUCGGGUCGGCCCACCAGCUGGAUCCCGAGUUGAGAAGGAAAAUCUGAGACCAGCCGCGGCUUUUAAACCGAACCGGACCUUCGGUUCUCCAAGGAAGAGCAUUGAAGCGAACACGUCAUCAGCCCAGCAGGUGGGUUCUGGUUCUAAAAACCAGAACCGGUUCCGGUCUCUCUCUGGACCUCAGCUCACGGGUCCAACAAGCAGCUUUAAACAAGAACCACAAAGAACCCAGAACAAUCUGAGGACCCCUGCAGGAACCGCGGAAACCCUGGGGUCCAACCAGGUGGACUUCCUGGACGACGACCUGGACUCUCUGUUCUCAUCCGAGCCGGUCUGGGACGACCCGGCUGACGACGACCUGCUGUGUGAAAUGUGUGACGAUCUGGAGAACCAGAUCCUGAUCCAGGUCCAGCUUAAAACCGAGCCCAGCACCAGACAGGCUCCAGUACCGGCGCUGCAGCCGACCCACAGAACCUGGGAGAACCGGGACCGUUUGGACACGGCAGGCAGAGCAGUUGGCAGCUCUUUGGCUGCUGGAGUGAAGCAGCCAAUCAGAUUCUCCCAACCUAAACCUGCUGCAGACACUGCGUUCAGGAGCGUCCAAUCAGAACCACCUGGGGCGGGGCCACCCCCCAACACCCAGCACUACACCUUCAAGAAGCCCAGCAACCUGGUUUCCAUAGCAACAGUAAAAGGCAAAUGCUCUGCAGCUGAAAUCGAGAUGAAGAAGCAGCAGGCGCUGGAGAGGAGACGACAGAGGCUGCAGGCUGUAGGGAACCGACCCGGAAACAGCUGAGCGGUGAAACGGGCG